AUGGGACAAGCGCGACGUCCCGCUCUCAAGGUUGUUCUUCGUUCAGGACAUCUCCGCCGGAUUGCUCACAUUCAGUUGAAACCUGCUUCGUCGGGUUCUGAAAGUAACACGCGAACAAUGUCUGGCAUUUCAUCCACUAAUAUGCUGCCGGUCGAGUUCAAGAGAACCGAGAGGCUUUCACUCGCACCCCCGAUCAAAAAUUACAUUGCAACAUCGUAUGCUGAAGACCCGGACGUCUAUAUUGAUGAUUUCCGAAAUUUAGACGCCCUUCGGGGUGAUAUUGUUGUACCUGAUGUUCACCUGGUGUCCUUGAACAAGCUCCUAAGAUAUUAUGGGCAAUUAUUGUACCUUGGAUCAAAAUUCCCAAUUGACGAGCAACAUAUCAAAAUCUGUUUUUCGUGGUACAAUUCUAUCGGGAAAGAAAGCAAGAAGUCCGUCUCGAGCUUCAGCUUGAAUUUUGAGAAAGCUUGUGUUCUCUUCAAUAUUGGCGCAAUGUAUAGUCAACUCGGAGCGUCGGAAAACCGCUCAACUGCGGAAGGGUUAAAACGAGCAGCCAUGUUCUUUCAGCAAUCGGCAGGUGCAUUCCAAACUCUGCAACAACAUUUGACCGACUGGACGCUUCCGUCAUCCGCUGAUCUCAAUGCGGCGACGUUAACAACAUUGACAAAUUUCAUGCUGGCACAAGCGCAGGAGUGUUUCUGGUAUAAAGCUGUAGUUGAUAAAAUGAAAGACGGCAUCAUCGCGAGAUUGGCGGCACAGGCAGCAGAGUUUUACGAUCUCGCACACCAGAGUGCCGUUGGAGCGGGAGUAUUUACUGAGUCGUGGCUGGUGCAUAUGCAAAUUAAGUCAAAUCACUUUCGGGCUGCGGCACAAUAUAGAAAAUCACAAGAGUGCCUAGCUUCAGGGAAAUACGGGGAGGAGAUCGCCCGACUACAGUCUGCGCAAGUUUACGUAAAAAAAGCCAUGGAUAAUGCGCUCUACAAGAAGGCUUCGUCGUACGUGCAAUCGGAUUUGAAGAACCUGCAAGCAACGCUGGAACACUCGUUGCAACGGGCUGAGAAGGACAAUGAUAUUGUUUACAUGGAGACUAUACCUCGCAUCGAAUCCUUGCCACCAAUAGGAGGUGCCAAAAUGGUUGAGCCUACUCUCAUACCAGAUCUCAGUUCUAUGUCGGACAUAGUAGGCCCGCCUAUGUUCUCUAAACUGGUGCCGUUUUCUGUACAUCAAUCUGCGUCCUUGUACAGCCACAAAAAGGAUGCACUUGUGUCUAGCAUAAUCAAUCGAAUUAACGAAGCCACGACCCUCGCCCAGAGCACGUUGUCAUCCCUCAAUCUGCCAGCGGCAAUCGAAGCCCUUGAACAGCCGAUUGGUCUACCAUCGUCUCUGUUACAACAUUCAGAGGAAGUUCGCCGCCAAGGCGGUGCGAAAAGCUUGCAAGAUACCUGGGCAACGAUCGCUGCUCUUGCUGACCGCGACAAUGGGAUUCUAGAUGAGGCUGUCCGAACGCUGGAUGAAGAAGAAAAAGAGGACGAAGAGAUACGCGCAAAAUUGGGAACAAAGUGGUCUCGCACACCUUCCAGGGACCUUACCAGCAAUCUCCGAGAAAGUGCUAAAGUUUACAGGAACAAACUGAAUGCCGCAAAGAAAUCAGAUCUCCUAAUCGGAUCCAAGUUGGAAAAGAACCUGCACUACAUUGAGUCCCUCAGUUUGACGAAGGAAGAGUUGGAGGCGUCCAUACCAUCAAGUACAGCAUCGUCUACAUUGGUGUCACGGGAUCCAAAUGUCAAACAGCUCAAGGGGCUACUGAAUCAACUGACUGCAAACAUUAAGGACCGUGCUCCUCUCGUGGACAAUUUGAAGAAACUGUCUGCUUCGGAUGACAUUGGCCCGAGGCUUGUCGAGGCGGCUAACCGACAUGAGGAAAUUGACGAUGAACAGCUUUUCAAUCAGCAGUUGAGAAAAUAUGAUCAGUUUCAAGACGGCGUGCAGAAUAUGAUCGAUCAGCAGGAGCAAACCUUGGCUGCUAUUCAGGAGGCAAACAGGAAAUUCGUAGAGUCGAAACAGACCAGCGGACUGAUUCGUGAGAGAGAAGAGGCGCUCCAAAACUUGGACAAUGCUUACAAAGCAUUUAAAGAUAUCACUUCAAACAUGCAGGAAGGAGUCAAAUUCUACUCAGAUUUUCAAAACGUCUUGAACAAAUUUUCCCAAAACUGCAAGGACUACGCAAUGACCCGGAGUGUUGACAAGAAGGACCAAAUCGCCGAGCUGCAACGCAGCGUGACGAAUCUCCAUGUAUCGGAACCACAAGGGCCACCGCUUCCACCACGACAUGGCGGUGCUCCUGGCGGAUAUCCGACCUCUCUACCGCCGAGUACGCAGCCGGGCCUCUAUACAUACGGCCAAAGUACAGGUACGAUGCCACAGCCUUACCCCCAAGGGAUGCCUCCACCUGGAACCUGGGAUCCGAAUACGCCUCUGCAAUACGGUCCAAACCCCUACGCUCAGCCCGGAACACAACACGGACCUUACUCUACAAACGUGUUCUACAGUACUAAUAUUCCUGGUGCAAUGCCUCCACCGAUGCCGACACAGCCCGGAGGGCCCCAGCAGUAUAGGCCAUAUGGAGUGUAAUGUUAUAUAACUAUUUGUUUAUACUUCUGGAGUGGUCCACAGAGAGCACUCAAUAUAUACAUUGUCUUGCC